GGCUCUGACCUGAGGCGGGCGGGGAUGGCGGCGGGCGGCGGCUCCCCGAGCAUCGUCGAGUUCUUCGGCGGGGAGGAUGGCUACCGCUGCGGCUACUGCAGGAGCGACACCGGCAACAUCUCGCACGGUAUGUGGGCACAUUCGAUGACAGUUCAAGAUUACCAGGAUCUCAUAGACAGAGGAUGGCGAAGAAGUGGAAAAUAUGUCUACAAACCUAUCAUGAAUCAAACGUGUUGUCCUCAAUACACAAUAAGGUGCCGGGCUUUGCAUUUUCAGGCCUCCAAGUCCCACAAGAAAGUUCUGAAGAAAAUGUUGAAAUUUAUUUCCAAAGGAGAUGUGUCAAAGGUAGCGAGUGAAGAAGAGCCGAUGGAUUCCCAUAUAGAGGAUGUGGCCACGUGUGAUUUUGCAUACAAAAGUGAAUCUCAGGUCAGUCAGUCUGACCUGACUCCCUUGGCUGUGGAUCAGGCUGAGAGGGUGGAGAAUGAAGAUGAGGACUCAGGAGAAACAAAAGAAGAGGGCAAUGUGCAGAAGGUGGAAUCAGAUUCUGUUCAGGUCUGUGCAGACAAGGACACCCCAGUCCCUGCAGAACCAUCACAUUCAGCUAAAGCUGUUCAUGCACCACCCAAGCCAGGGAAAGGGGCUGAUCUGAGCAAGCCCCCGUGUCGGAAAGCAAAGGACAUCAGGAAAGAGAGAAAACUCCAGAAGCUCCUGCAGAACCAGAUGGGCACAGCAGAAGGCUCUCAACUUCAAGGAGAUCAAACUUUCCUCUUGCAAAACUCUAAAUCUAAAACAAACCAGCCUAAAAACAUUGAAGACUUUGUUUUUGUCCCUCUACCUGAUGAUGCACGACACAAAUUAGAGGUGAGGGUGGUGAGAUCAUCUCCACCAAGUUCACAGUUCAAAGCCACAUUUCAGGAGUCUUACCAGGUCUAUAAACGUUACCAGAUGGUCAUUCACAAGGACCCACCUGAUAAACCAUCCAUAAAUCAGUUCACACGAUUCCUCUGUGAUUCCCCUCUGGAGGCAGAGCAUGCCCCAGACGGACCAGAGUGUGGCUAUGGCUCCUUCCACCAGCAGUACUGGCUGGAUGGGAAGAUCAUUGCUGUUGGUGUCAUUGAUAUCCUGCCCUACUGUGUGUCCUCAGUCUAUCUGUACUACGACCCAGACUUCUCUUUCUUAUCUUUGGGAGUCUACUCUGCAUUACGGGAAAUCGCUUUUACCAGACAGCUUUGUGUAAAAGCUCCUGAUCUCUGUUUUUAUUAUAUGGGUUUCUACAUUCAUUCAUGCCCCAAAAUGAGAUACAAGGGUCAGUACAGGCCCUCUGACCUGCUGUGCCCUGAGACCUACGUGUGGACACCCAUUGAGCAAUGCCUGCCCCUGCUCGAGCACUCCAAGUACUCCCGCUUCAACCAGGAUGGAAAAGCAGUCGAUGAAGGUCGCCUGAAGGAGCUGGGCAGGGUGAGGGUGCUGCACAAGAGAACCGUGAUGCCUUACAGCGUGUACAAGAAGAGGAGGAAGGGGCCCAGUGAUGAGGCCAGUGUCCAGCAAUAUGCCAGCCUGGUGGGACAGACCUGCUCAGAGAGAAUGCUGCUGUUCAGGAGCUGAAGCCCCACGAGAUGGCAUUUCAAUGGCCCCACAUUUCAUUGCACUGCCCCUGGGUGAUGUGUACCAUAGUCGUGUGCUGGUGUGCCCACUCAGACAGGCUGAAACACAGGUAUAUAGCCAGGCUUGUGUCAAUACAUGGUGCUGUGUGUAAAGGCCAGCUCCAGUAAAUCUUACAGCAAGGCUUUAGCAAUAUAAGUUUAGAAAAACACGCUUGCGGUAUAUUUUAAUUAAGUAGUUCUAGCCUUUCUAUGCAUUAUGAAUAAUUCUAAGUAUCUAAGCAAAAUGAAAAACAGGUGUCUUUUUUUUUGUUUUUUUUGUAGAGAUGAAGGUUGACUAAAUCUAGAUCAAGAAUCAUUAAGUUACAGAUGUUUUCAAAUAGCACCUUGGGUAUCUGUUGUUAAAAAUUGCUGUGAAAUUUGUGCUCACAUUUGUAUGCUCCUAAAAUCUUGCAAGAGGACUGAAAUGUGCUAUUACUUUCCAGCAUGAUACCAUUUUAUUUCAGCAGUAUGUUUAAAAAACAGGAAGGAAUUAUUUUCACUGCACAUUCUUCAUUUGUUUAAAGCAGUAAGUCAGUGUCAGAGGUCCCAGUGAGUGUAGGAGUUCGUGGCAGGGGAUGCAGUGCUUUGGAAAACUUUUCCCUUCAGAGAAGAAGCAGAACAGUUGCACUAUAAAUAUACCAAAGAUAUGCAGCCAAGUGGCACAGUGGUUUUUGGUAUAAGCCUUAUCCUUUGUCUAACAAGAGUGGGUAUUUCAAUGCACGUGGCUGAUGUGAAAUAGAGCUCGGGAGGGUUAUCCUGCAGCUCUCAGUGCACAUUUCAGAACUAUGCUAACAAAAACAAGACAUAAGGUACCACUGCUGGGUUUUGUUGCAGGUGCUUUUUUUUCUGUAGAAUUGUACAGGAAUUAAAUACCAUAUUCCAGCUUUUUUACUGACUGUUUUGUUUCUGGUGCAGCAGCUCAUGGGUUAACACUUUUAAUAACAUUUUAGUAAAUACUUCUGUUGGAAACACAGGAAGUUGUGAUCCUUUAUGAAAGCACUUUAUUAUCUCAUAUAUGAGCGUUGUCUGUGUCCCCAUUAAGUCAUAUAAGUUGGAGGAAUUUGGGGAAAUAACACUGUUGUAUAAUUCAGUAAUGUAUUACAACAUUGUAACAUUACCAAUGCAUUUGUGCUUCUUAUCUUCUUGGAUAACAGGGGCUGGUAUUUACCUUGAAUCCACUUGGAGUUUCCUGUUAGCCUUUGAACAAAGAUUCUUAUUCAAGGAUGUGUGGGUGGUUUUCCCCCAGAAAGGAAACAAAUUCAGUUUUACCCUGUGAGGGUUACGUCUCCUGUCAUUCAUGGAUUCAUUGAUUUGAUUUUAAACACUUGGCCACUAUUAUUAAUCAUUAAUUUUUAUGUGGAGCAGAUGUAAGAACUGGGGAAUCAAGUGCAAUGCAGGUUUAACUUUGUUUUUCAUAUCUGUUUGAUAUGAAAUUAGUGUAUAUUGCAAUAUUAUUGAUAGUCCAGCUUCAAUAGCAACUUUAAAAAGUCAUUUUCUGUUUUAUUAAUUGGGCUGUGCAGUAUUGAUCUGCUUCCAGAAUGGUCAUUCACGUCAGCAUCAAAUCUGGUGUGUGUUUAUCUGUGGCCUGGUACUGAGAGGUUUCUUUGCACUGUUCCUUCUGGUUUGUCCAUGCCUUACCUCAGCCUCCUGCCAUGGGGAGAAGCACUGAAUAAUCCUCAUGAAGAUCAUUAUGAAGAAUUCCUUUCUGUGGAGAAAAUGCUUUUACCACUCUGUUAAACAGUGUAACACUUUCUGCCUACACAGUGUGCUGGAAAGUGGUGAUGCCCAUAUGGCUUGCAACCAAAAUAAAUGAGAAAACCUUUUUAUGUGAUACAAAACCAGUUAACAGGCACUGAGGAGUUUCACUAUGAAUUGCAAAAUCUUAAAGGUUAUCAAAGCCAUUUAAUGAUGGGCUCCUGGAGAAGUUAAAGUUUCUGUUCAGUUUCAAGGGAGCAGACUUAGUGUCCCCACUGAGGGUUCCAUCUCUUUGUGCCCAUAUUUGUCACUGAUAUGCCUUGGAUUAGACUUUUUUCUGAUGCUGUUUCUCUUGGGGAGCUUGUAAGGACUGCAGUUAAAGGAAGGGGAGAGAAGUAUCAACCUAAAACCUGAGCACAGCUUGAGGUUGUCCUUGGUGUGGGCACUGGGGGUAAAUGAGCAUUUCUGUGAGUCUGAAAUGGUGCUGUCACCUUCUGACCCCCUGGCACUGCAGCACCACGGCACACUGGGCUCCUGCUCUACUCAAAUAUGGAUUCAUAUUAAAAAGCAAAACCAGGCAGCACCGAGAUUAACUCCAAACUGAGUUCAUCUCCUGUGGUUUGCUGAGAUCUGACUCACUUUAGUGUUAUUUUAGAAGGAAGCUGGGGCAGUAUUUUUGAGGACUGAUGCCUCUAUCCCUGUUUUUGGAAGGGAGACAGAGGCUGAGGAUGAAGUUCUGUAAAUUUUGCCUGUGACUUCAGUGGAGCUGAAAAUUCACCACUAUUACAAUAUUAUUUAAUAUAUUGUAAUUGACAAUUACUGAAUUUAGAGAUAUUUAACUUAGCACAGAAUAUUUUGUAAAAGUUUUUUUUUGUCUGUAGCUGGUUUGUGAGAGUCCAUCUCCAGUGUAAGGUUGCCUUGUUCUGUCAUCUGUUGAUAAACAAGCAUAAAAUGGUGAUAAGAAAAUGCAGAAUUGUGACCAGUGCUAAAAAAUGGCAUUUUUUGUUUUAGUUGGAAAGAAAUGGGAAGCUUACACAUGUCCAGUAUCAACACGUGUCAGUAAAUUCAAAACCUGCAUGUUGAGUUUGUAAUUGCUUUUUAGCAGGCCUGUUUGACUUGCAAAUGUAGAAAAUAAAGUUAUUUCCAGUCUCUGUGAAUUAUUAUAAGAAAUAAUAGCUCUGAAUGUGAUUUCUGCAUUAGUUUGUAGGAAUUUCAUUAUCCUGGAGAUUGACCAAGUGUCCAGUGAACAGCAAAAUCAAAGAAUCCAUCAAAGGGUUGCAGCCUUUAGAAGAGAGAACUUGCAAGUUUAAAAUCAUGUCCAAAACACAUGACCUGUGUUGGAAUGAAGUUUCAGUUCCAGCCAGCCAGAUUAAUGAAGGGAUUGCAUGAAAUAUAAUUGAUGCUUCUUUUCUGAGUAGAAUAAAAUAAAAUAAAAUAAAAUAGACUUUUCACAAAUGGAGACUAGAGAGGACCAGCUAUUUAUUUGAGUUCAGCUUGGUUGAACAAAAACCUGUCCCUGAAUUAUGGAGUCAAACCAGCAACACAGAAAUUUGGGUUGUGUGCAUAAAGAUAACUAGACAUUAACAUUAAUAUUACAAACAUUGCAUCAUUUGUGACUGCAUGAGGCAGAAUUCCAGCUAAUUCUGGAUUCCUGAAGGAGGCUUUUCUCACAGCCCAGCACCAGCCUGGCUUGAAAUGUUGGUGGGACUUUUUCUGUUCCAUCGUUCCUGUGGGCUCCACAUCCAUCAACCUUUUCCAGAUUCUGUGGAUUUCUUUGCCAGGUGAUCACUCUGAAGCUCCAGCCUGAUCAGCCAAUGUUUCUGAGUUCCUUCUCAUCCUGGUUCUCCCAGAUAAUCCCCCAGACAGGAUUUUGUGCUGUCCUGAUCAGACUCUCCACCCAAGCCUUAAUGUCUCUCUGCAUAUGGAAGGGUGGAGGCAAUUUUCAGGGCAGAAAUCUUCACUUUUCAGGGAAUCACCAACAUUUCCCAAAGCAUUUUGUAGCCACAUCUUCUACCAAUAUAUUUAUAGAGCUGCACCUUCAGUCACACUGAGUGUAAAAUGCUGAAUUACCUUUGCAUUUUCCAAAUGAUUUCAGUUUUUUUAAGUUAGUCACAAUGAUGGAUAGCAAGAGCAGAUGUACAAUAGUAACUCAUCCUAAAUGUAGCUAAUUGUGGUCAGUGGAUUUCUAAAAGUGUUCUAGAAAUUAAUCUACUAUAUACAUUUUGUAGUACAGUUAAAGUUCAUCUCGAAGUGAGAGCUUUGUUUUCUAACAGCAUUAAAAUAAGAAUGGAAAUGAAUUAAAUUAACAUGUAAGCCUGAGUUCAGCAUACAUUAAUGCUCUCUGUACUAAUACAGAACAAUCUGAACUCUGAAAAUGCCCUUGCUGCUGAUCUCAGACAAGUAGCAGCUCAGAAGCUUUCUGGCUGGAUUUUUUCUGGUUAUGUUUUACUGUUUUGAUGUUUAUUCAUUUCCUUAUUAGAACUAUUCCCAUCAGAUUUUUGUACUUCCCAUCAGUUAUUUCCACUUCAGUUUUGACACAUAAUACAUGUGUCUGCCAAAAGCCCUGCUGAGAGAUUGCUAUCAGGACAAAAGAAAGUGUUGGAAAGUCUGUUAAGCAGUGAGAAGAGAGCAGGGUCCACAGGGACAGUCAGUCUGCAACCUUUGUGCUGCAGAAAAAGCGGGAUUUAUUUAUAAUUUAGUCCGCUGCAGGCUUAAAUAAAUGUGUCAGAUUUCAUUCAUUUCCCUUUGUCUGUGACAUCUGAUUGUCAUUGUCCAGGAAGAAUCAAUGGUGCAUUGUGGAACAGGAAAAUAAAUGAAUAAAUGCACUGCA